AUGGCGAACCAAGCUCAUUACCCUUCAACCCACCUCACCGAAUCCGCAGGAUGUGUUCUAUUCCAUCUCCCCAGUCGUAAAAUAUGUCUUCUAAGCAUUACUUUACAAAACGCGAACGGAGGCGUUCUCAUUACGCUCCCAAAGGGACGUCGUAAUAUUAACGAAACGAGAAAAGACGCUGCCGUCAGAGAAACAACCGAAGAGACUAGCUACAAGUGUAGCUUGUUACCGGUCAAGAUGGGCACUAGGUUGACUCUUCCAGAAGAUGAUGAGGAUGUUAGAGAUCGUGUUAGGCAGUGUGAUGCUUGCACUGAGGGCUUUCAUAUGCAACUUAGAAGUAUUGGAAGGAAGGAGGAGAGAAGAGCAAAGAUCGUUUGGUGGUUUAUUGCACAGGUUGACGAGGAGGAUUAUGAAAGGAAGGAAGAAGUGGGAUGGGAUGGGAAAGUCAAGGAAGGUGUGAGGGUUGAAUGGAAGGAGUAUGAUGAUGUCUUGGGGGAACUUUCGUACGAAACGGAUGUUGAGGUAGUCAAGACGGCUUGGAGGAUUCUAGAAGCCACGGAAGGACCUCGAACCCGACUCAGUGGAUCUUAA